ACCACUUUGGAGUGGACAAAAAGAAUGAAAAUCGCCAUGGGAACAGCUAAAGGGUUAGAAUAUUUACAUGAAAAUUGCACACCCAAAAUCAUUCAUCGUGAUGUUAAGGCCGAUAAUAUACUUAUUGACGAUAAGUAUGAGCCAAAGAUAGCAGAUUUUGGACUUGCCCUUCUUUUUCCGGAAACUGGUAGCCUCACUCACAUCACUAGAUCAAACAAGGGAACUCAAGUUUAUGCAGAUCCAGAGUAUUAUCCUCAAAAAGUCUCUGAAAAGUCAGAUGUUUAUUCCUAUGGAGUGGUUCUUUUAGAGCUAAUAUCUGGGAGAAAAACUAUAUUAGAAGGCAUUGACAUUGUUGCUUGGGUACGAUACUCAUCUAUAAUAGCUAAUAUCUUUUGAAAUUUAUGGAUUCUUUCAAAUAUCUCAAAUCAAAUACUGCUUUUCUAUUGUACUAUAAAAAUAAAGGGGAAAAUGAUGGUAGAAAAUUAAACCUUGGCGAAAAAAUAACUACUUGUAUUUAUCAAUUUCAGGCAAAACCUCAAAUGGAAUCUGCUUUGUGCAGUGGAGACUAUACAAAUCUUGUCGAUUCCAAAUUAUUACAAACGAAGUAUAAUGAAAAAGAAAUGAAAACAAUGAUUUCUUGUGCUGCAGCUUGUAUAUAUAAACCAUCAAGCUCUCGUCCAAAAAUGAAUCAGAUAGUUCGAGCUCUUGAAGGAUAUAUGUGUAUAGAAGAAAUAUGGAAUGAGAAGAAUGACAACAUAUUCCUGAAAGUGAUCUCCCCCAUCAGUGGAACUUCCUUGGCCUUCCCCACGGGAAUUGACUCUACUUUGUCAAAUGGAGCUCAGGGUCCAGAUCCUUCAUUCCGGGAUCCAACCCCAACCAAUGGAAGAGAUAACCCUCCAGAUGCAAGACUGCCCAAUGGUGGUGGACAGGUUCA